AUGAUGACCUCCGCCGUCCCGUCCAGGCAACCCUCCCGGCCUGCCUGGACCUUGGAGCAACUCGAGCGCGAGCUCGCUGUUGCCCUCAACGCCUCUAUUGACAUCUCAUCAGCUCGCACAUACGGCUCCGCCCUCAAUUCCUGGAUUGAAUUCUGCCGACUUCAUAAGUUCUCCACCGAACCAACAGAGAAAACGCUGGCCUACUUCGUAGUCUACCGCUCCACUCACAUAAGCCCUAACUCCGUCGACUCGUACUUAUCUGGGAUCUGCAACCAGCUUGAAGCCGUCUUCCCGCGCGUGCGAGAACGCCUUCACGGCCGCCCGGUCAAACGCAAGAAUCCACUGACCCCACAACACCUCCGACAAGCCAUCGAGGCCCUACCACCUUCCCCCUCCCAUGACGACCUUCUCUUCAUUGCCAUGCUGCUAUCAGGCUUCCGCGCACUCCACCGCCUUGGAGAACUCACGAUGCCAGAUAACCCUCGGCUGCGCAACCCUCGGAAGUACACCCAGCGCGAGAGCGUUGCUCUGAGCGAUCACUCAUACGAGUACUGGCUGCCUGCUCACAAAGCCGACAUCGCGUUUGAAGGCAACCGCAUCAUAAUCUCCGACGCCACCGCCCUCCUGCACUUCCGGCGUUACUUGACGUCCCGUGAUCAUCUCCUUCCCCUCAACCCAUACCUGUGGGCCCGCGAAAACGGUCAAAUGCCCGCUCGCGCCUGGUUCAUCCGACGCUUACGACACUUAUUUGCGGACCCCAACAUUGCUGGCCAGUCACUCAGGGCCGGGGGGGCGACAGCCCUAGCAGAGGACGGAGCGCUCCCACACAUUAUCCAGGCGGCUGGGCGGUGGUCCUCAGAUGCCUUCUACGUGUACCUCCGCAAACACCCAACCCUCCUCCAUGGCAUACUCCGAGCAGGCGGCGCUACCGCGAGCACCUCAUCAUCAUAA